CAGAGAACGCUAAACUUGGCCCUAUAAAGACUGGCUUAUGUAAUGCUCCAAGUGUUUUAUGUAUGUACCGUACCACAGUACCAUGUUCGGAGCCUCAUGACAAGAGAUGGACACACUUGUGAGCCUUUUGGUUGCACUGACCAUUUUGGGAGCGAGCUUUGCAGCCAAGACUACCGACCCAAAUUGCAUCAUAGACCCGACCUUUGAUGCCAUCGCCACGGGCAACUACCUCAACUGUCAAACGGACAAGAUGAUCGCUGCAGGAACCACAAGAUGUUGUACAAUAGACAACGUCAAGCGUUGUUGUGAGGAGAGAGAAAGAUGGGCUAGAAUAGUCAUCAUUGGAUGUGCAGUGGGAGGGGCCAUAGUAGUACUGGCUAUCGUUAUCUUCUACGUGAUGUGGUGUAAGCGAGACACUGUCCCCUGUAUCGGACUCUGUAUGAGAUAUACACAGAAGAAGUACUACGCAGUGGAGGAGAGUUUCUGUUGUUGCGAAGGGCGAGUAAUGAAAAGGCGACAGAAACAAAAGUUAAAGAAGAAAUGCAAGGAACGACAGGCCAUUGCACUAACACAGGAAACAGUCGAGGAUAUAAAGAAGGUAGAUCUCGCUCAGGAACAACUCAUCCAAAGUUAACAUAUGCAUUAACAGAAAGUGAUCUGAUAUGUGUAUUCUUCAUAUUCAAGAAACUAAAUUGCAUCCACCUGAGCACGUUCUGCAUCAUGACUAAUAUAAUCUUCCUCUACCUUGAGAGUGUG